AUGAAAAUAACACUAAUAGUGAAUAAUUUUAAAAACGUUUAUUCAGAUUUGAUACUUGUACGAUCAUAUCAGGAACAAAUUGAAUAUAUUUUUUUGGCAAUAUUUACACUUGAAGUUAUAUUAAAAAUUAUUGCAUAUGGUUUAUGUCUUCAUCCAAAUGCUUAUUUAAGAAGUGGUUGGAAUUUACUUGAUUUUAUUAUUGUUGUUGUCGGAUUUUUAAGUGUGAUAUUGGUUCAAUAUAAUGUACAAGGUUUUGAUGUUAAAUCAUUACGAGCAUUUCGUGUGAUUCGACCAUUAAAACUUGUUAAUGGUGUACCAAGUUUACAAAUUGUAUUAAAUUCAAUAUUACGAGCUAUGUUACCAUUAUUACAUAUUGCUCUCUUAGUACUUUUUGUCAUUAUUAUUUACUCUAUUAUUGGCUUGGAAUUAUUUUGUGGAAAAAUGCAUAUGACUUGUUACUAUAAUGGAACAAAUAUAAUGCCACGUACGGAAGAAGUGAGUCCGUGUGGUGAAAAAGGUCGAAAAUGUCCCGAAGGACAAGAAUGUAAAGAUAUUGGUUGGGAAGGUCCAUGGUAUGGAAUUAUCAAUUUUGAUAAUUUUGGUUUGGCUAUGUUAACAGUAUUUCAAUGUAUAACCAUGGAAGGAUGGACAUCAAUAUUAUAUGAAAUGAAUGAUGCAAUUGGACGUGAUUGGGCGUGGAUUUAUUUUGUUUCGUUGAUUAUAAUUGGAUCAUUUUUUGUCAUGAAUCUUGUCUUGGGUGUUUUAAGCGGUGAAUUUUCUAAAGAAAGAGAAAAAGCUAAACAAAGAGGUGAUUUUCAAAAAUUGCGAGAAAUUCAAUUAAUUGAUGAAUCAUUUCGAAAUUAUAUGGCAUGGAUACGAAAAGCUGAAAUUGGUGAUGAUACAAAUGAUAUAAUAGAAAAUGAUGGCAGUCUUGAUGCAUCAGGUGAACCAGUAAAAAAAGAAAGAAAAUUAGAAAACCAUUGUGGAUGGCUGUAUAAAAAAUUACGUUAUUUACGAAGUUUUCAUUCAUAUACUCGACGUCGUAUUCAUGCUAUAGUUAAAUCUCAAGCAUUUUAUUGGAUUGUUAUUGUACUUGUAUUAAUGAAUACAGUUGUAUUAGCAACUGAGUAUUAUGGACAACCUGAUUGGCUGACACAAACACAAGAAAUUGCUAAUCGAUUAUUUGUCUAUUUAUUUUCAUUUGAAAUGCUUCUUAAAAUGUAUUCACUUGGUAUAACUGGUUAUUUUGUAUCAAAUUUCAAUCGUUUUGAUUGUUUUGUUGUUAUUGCAUCAAUUAUUGAAUUUGUUCUUAUUUAUAUUGAAUUUAUGCCAGCAUUAGGUAUAUCGGUGCUUCGUUGUGUACGUUUAUUACGUGUAUUUAAAGUAACACGUUAUUGGACAGCAUUAAGAAAUUUAGUUGCAUCUUUACUUAAUUCAAUGAAAUCAAUUGCAUCUUUACUUUUAUUAUUAUUUUUAUUUAUUGUCAUAUUUGCUUUAUUGGGUAUGCAAAUGUUUGGAGGAAAAUUUGAUCAUAUAUUUCUAGUCGAAGAAAAACCACGAAAUAAUUUUGAUUCAUUUUGGGGUGCACUUAUUACUGUUUUUCAAAUUUUAACCGGUGAAGAUUGGAAUGAAGUGUUAUAUACCGGUAUACGUGCACUUGGUGGUCUUGGUCUUGUUGGUACAGUUGUAUGUUUUUAUUUUAUUAUUCUAUUUAUUUGUGGUAAUUAUAUAUUAUUGAAUGUUUUUUUGGCUAUCGCUGUUGAUAAUUUGGCUGAUGCAGAAAAUUUAACAGCAGCUGAAGAAGAAGAACAGAAAAAACGUGCUCAAGCUAAAUUUAGUGAAGAUAUGCAAUUAAAUGGAAAUGUUAAAGCAACAGAUCAAACUAUUAAUGGACAAAUUAAUAUUGAUGAAAAAUUAAAUGAUAGAACUACUGAUAAUUUAUUAGAUCAAGAACAUGAUAUUAAACCAGAGCACACUGAUGAUGAAAUUGAAGAAGAAAGUUUAAAUAAAGAUCAAACUACUGAACACUAUUAUGGAGAACGACAAACAGCUAGACCACGUCGUUUAUCUGAAUUAAAUAUUGUUUCAAAAGUUAAACCAAUUCCACCAUAUUCAUCAUUGUUUUUAUUUACACAUACAGCCAAAUUUCGUAUAAUUUGCCAUCGUAUUUGUAAUCAUCGAACAUUUGGAUAUGUUGUACUUGUUUGUAUUUUAUUUUCAAGUAUUUCACUUGGUGCAGAAGAUCCAAUUGAUUCAUAUUCAUUUCGAAAUAAGAUUCUCAAUACGGCUGAUUAUUUUUUUGCAGUCAUUUUUAUUAUUGAAAUUUUUUUAAAAAUUAUUUCUUAUGGUUUAAUUCUUCAUCCAGGUUCAUUUUGUCGAAAUCGUUUUAAUAUUCUCGAUCUUGUUGUUGUAUCAGUUUCAUUAACAUCAAUGGUAAUAAAAGAUCGUGCAAUGUCAGUUGUUAAAAUUCUUCGAGUACUUCGUGUACUUCGUCCAUUACGUGCUAUAAAUCGUGCAAAAGGUCUAAAACAUGUUGUACAAUGUGUUGUUGUUGCAAUAAAAACAAUUGGAAAUAUAAUGCUUGUAACAUUUCUAUUACAAUUUAUGUUUGCUUGUAUGGGUGUACAACUUUUUAAAGGAACUUUUUAUUCAUGUAAUGAUAAAUCAAUGUUAAAUAGAGAAGAUUGCAGAGGAUAUUAUUUAAAAAUUGAAGAUAAUCAAAUCUAUAAAGAAUCUAGAAAAUGGGAAAAUUCAAAAUUUCAUUUUGAUAAUGUACCUCAAGCAUUACUAACAUUAUUUACUGUUGCAACAUUUGAAGGAUGGCCAACUCUUUUGCAUACGGCUAUUGAUUCGAAAGCUGAAGGCGAAGGACCAAUUUACAAUUAUCGACCAUUUGUUGCUCCAUUUUUCAUCGCAUUUAUCAUUGUCAUUGCUUUUUUUAUGGUAAAUAUAUUCGUUGGUUUUGUCAUCGUUACAUUUCAAAAUGAAGGUGAACAAGAAUAUCGAAAUUGUGAAUUGGAUAAAAAUCAACGUAAAUGUAUUGAAUUUGCUCUCAAAGCAAGACCUAUAAAACGGUAUAUACCAAUUAAAAAAGUUCAAUUAAAAAUCUGGUGGUUUGUCACAUCACCACCAUUUGAAUAUGCUAUUUUUUCAUUAAUUAUGAUCAAUACAGUUGUACUUGCUAUGAAAUAUAAUAAACAACCUGAUAAUUAUUCUAAAGCUCUUGAUUAUUUAAAUAUUGUAUUUACAGCGAUAUUUGCUCUUGAAUUUGUUCUUAAAAUGGCUGCAUUCCACUUCAGGAAUUAUUUCAGUGAUCCAUCGAAUUGUUGUGAUUUUGUUAUUGUUGUUGGUAGUUUAAUUGAUAUUCUCUAUACUGAUAUAAUAGCACCUGGUACAAAUGUUAUUAGCAUAAAUUUUUUUCGUUUAUUUCGUGUUAUGCGUUUGGUAAAAGUAUUAAGUCGUGGAGAAGGUAUUCGAACAUUACUUUGGACAUUUAUUAAAUCAUUUCAAGCAUUACCUUAUGUUGCUUUACUUAUUGCAAUGCUAUUUUUCAUCUAUGCUGUCAUCGGCAUGCAGAUGUUUGGUAAAAUAGCAUUGGAUGAUGAAACAGAAAUUAAUGUUAAUAAUAAUUUUCAAACAUUUUUUAAUUCAUUACUUGUUCUUUUUCGUUCGGCAACAGGUGAAGCAUGGCAAGAAAUUAUGUAUGCUUGUGGACCAAGUGCAAAGCCAAAAUGUGAUGAUCGAUCACGUUCAUUUAAAAAUGAAAAUUGUGGAAAUUAUUUUGCAAUUCCAUACUUUCUAUCAUUCUAUAUAUUAUGUUCAUUCUUGAUUAUCAAUUUAUUUGUUGCUGUUAUAAUGGAUAAUUUUGAUUAUUUAACACGUGAUUGGUCUAUACUUGGUCCUCAUCAUCUCGAUGAAUUUGUUCGUCUUUGGUCCGAAUAUGAUCCUGAAGCCAAAGGACGUAUCAAACAUCUCGAUGUUAUUACAUUGUUGAGAAAAAUUUCACCACCACUCGGUUUCGGCAAGCUGUGUCCGCACAGAGUGGCAUGCAAGAAAUUGGUAUCUAUGAAUAUGCCAUUAAAUCAAGAUGGUACUGUUAUGUUCAAUGCUACUCUUUUUGCCUUAAUUCGUACAUCAUUAAAAAUAAAAACUGAAGGUAAUAUUGAUCAAGCUAAUGAAGAAUUACGUGCUGUUAUACGUAAAAUAUGGAAACGAACACCACAAAAAUUACUUGAUCAAAUAGUUCCACCACCGGGUUCUGAAGAUGAUGUAACAGUUGGAAAAUUUUAUGCAACAUUUCUUAUUCAAGAUUAUUUUCGACGCUUUAAAAAACGUAAAGAACAAGCAGCUAAACAAAUUCAAUUAGGUUUUUCUGGUGCAAGUAAAAAUUCAGUUGCAUUACAAGCUGGUUUACGACAAUUACAUGAUUUGGGGCCUGAAAUUAGACGUGCUAUAUCUGGAGAUUUAGAUGAUGAAGAAACAUUUAAUCGAUUUUGGCGUGAAGAAGAACCACAACAUCGUCGAGAACAUUCAUUAUUCGGUACAAUGCUUGAUGCAUUUUCACGUGCAAUACGUAAACCACAACAAACAAUGGAUUCUGUACCUGAUUUAAGAAGUCCACAAAUGCCACCACCUGGUACUCGUCUUCGACGUGAUCCUGAUGGACCUGUAUCAUUGAAUUUGGAUACUGAUGUUAAUUUUCAUGUUCCAUCACCAUUUCGAGUUGGAGCUAUAUCAGCUGAUCGACGUGGUAUUGAACCAGAUACAUAUAUAUUUCAAGUACCUGAACAUGAAGAAGGUCCAUUAGGACCAUUAAGAUUAAAUGAUCGUCGUGGAAAUAUUCGAAAAGAAAAUAGUUUUCAAUUUCGUGAACAAUCUGAAAUAUCAGAUAAUAAGAGUCCAAGUCUAAAUAAUAGUUCAAUAAAAAAUCGUCGUCAUUCUGUAUUAACACGUCUAUUUGCACGACGUAAAAAUGAUAGUCAAGAAUCAACAUUAGUUAAAGGUUCAACUACUAGUACGGAUGAUUCUAAUCAACCUCGAACAUCAACGGUUAAUCGUGGAUUAAUUGUUGAAAAUGGUGAUACAAUACGAACAAGAGCAAUUAAUUUAACUGGGUCUCAACAGAUUCAUAUGGCAACAUAUCCUUCGGGGACAUCUACAUUCUCAUAUAAUGAAAAUCAACAACCACAAGCUUUAAGACCUUGUUCAAAGCAAAUAGAAACAAAAGACAAUGUCGAAGAAUUAGUUAAUGCCUGUCUUGAUACAUCAGGUAUUGAUCGUCGUUAUAGCGCAAUAAUAUUAGAAGAACUACGUGAUUGUACAAAUUUAACACAUGAUCAAAUGAGACAAGCUGCACAUGAAAUAACAACAACACUUGGUUCACAAUCCCCUCAAUAUGCAUCAUUUACAUCAUCAACAUAUGAUUCAGUUGCUACACGUGUACCAUCAUCAGAUGAACUAAUUUUUGAUUCAUCGACUCACUUUGCUAACGUGUGA